AUGAAGUCUUUCUUUGCGCCGUUGUCGCUCCUUUCUGUUGCGCUCGCUGGUCUGAGCAAUGCCGCUACCAUCCCUACCAAGUCUUUGGACAAGCGCGCCACUUCCACCUGUGACCAGUGGGGUACCAUCACCACUGGUAGUUACAUUGUCUACAACGACCUCUGGGGCGAAGCCGAGGCCACUAGCGGCUCGCAGUGUGUUGGUGUGAACUCAGUGAGCGGUUCCACUAUCUCCUGGUACACGACCUGGACAUGGGAAGGAGGCUCCUCUGACGUGAAGAGCUUUGCCGAUGUGUCGCUGCAGUUCACAGCCAAGACGCUGAGCAGCGUUACCAGCAUCGACUCGACCUGGGACUGGAGCUACUCCACCACCGAUAUCGUCGCCGAUGUCGCGUAUGAUAUGUUCCUGUCCUCCACCGCUGAUGGCGACGACGAGUACGAGAUCAUGGUCUGGCUUGCGGCGCUGGGCGGUGCUGGCCCGAUCUCCUCGACCGGCUCUGCGAUCGCGACUACCACCAUCAAUGGUGUCACCUUCAAGCUGUACUCUGGUCCCAACGGAUCCAUGACCGUGUACAGCUUCGUUGCGGAGUCGACCACCACUGCCUUCUCGGGUGAUAUGCUGGACUUCUUCACCUACCUCAUUGAUAACGAGGGAUUGAGCUCGAGCUUGUACUUGAUUGAUGUGCAGGCUGGCACUGAGCCUUUCACUGGUAGCGCCACUCUCACUACUUCCAAGUACUCCGUUGCGGUUGUGUAA